GCGUCUCAGCAGCUUCUUGGCCGACGCGAAGCAUGAGGAGCAGCCAGAUGCUGUCAAGAGCACUUCUGCGGGCACUGGUGUCGCCUUGUACAACCCGGAGAACCGGCGAAUCUUCCUGGUAGCAGCUCCGGUCACCGUCCUGGCUGCCGGCCUCUUUGAGUACUGGGGCAAGUCCCGGCUGGCCGAGACGGACCUGGCAGCGCCCCUGCCGAAGGUCGUUGAAGCCGCCGAGAAGGAAGAGGAGGCUUCCAGCCUACGGAGCGCUAUCAAGGUCCUGGAGCCCUAUGUGACGGGGCCCACCUCCAUGAAGUGCGCCGGUUAUGCAACAGCUCACGUCGCCCUGCUGGCCGUUGCGCUCUACGUCGAUGUCGCACUGACGCAGUGGAACGGAGUCUUCUGGUCCGCUCUGCAGAACCAUAAGUCCAAGCAGUUCUACAGUUUGCUGUGGGACUUCAUCAUCAUCACCGGGGUCACUGGGUUCGUUGGCACCUACAGCGACUACCUCAACGGCAUGUGGCACCUGCAUGCCCGUGAUCAUCUCACCCGCCACUUCAACGGGCUGUGGGUGGGAAGCGGGGCCAUGUGCAUGAUGCGGCAGUGCGAGGUCCAGGUGGACAACCCGGACCAGCGCAUCGAUCAAGAUGUGGAUGAGUUCGUGGGCUCCACACGCGAGCUUUUCUUCGGAGGACUUGGGUCCCUGGUAAGGCUGGCCAUCUACUUCCCGAUCUUGUUGCGCUCUGCGCCCUCACCCCUGCUAGGCUUCGUCCUGGUUUGGCCAGUGUUUGGUGCAGUUGUCACCCACAAGCUCGGUCGCAGUUUGGUACCCCUCUCCCUCGCCGGCGAGUCGGCGAAUGCCAACUUCAGGUCCGAGCUCGUACACGCGCGCGACAAGGCGGAGAGCUUGGCGCUGAUGCAAGCAGGUCCUCAGCUCGCGGCGACCAUUCAGGAGCGCUUCGAGGUGAUGAAGCGCGUGGCCUACGCAGAGUUCGACAUCACGAAGUUUCUCAACUUCUUCAAGAUGAUGUACGAGGAGUAUGGCACAGUAGUGCCUUUCGUACUGCUGGCUCCCGCCUAUUUCACUGGUGCUCUCGAUCUGGGACAGCUGAUGCAGUAUCUCGCUUCGCACUUUUCCGAGACGGCUUACACCCCGUGGGUGGGGAAAUUCGUUUCGAGGGAUGCAGAUUACAGGUUUUCCGACACACUUUAG